GGGGGUCAAAGGUUACGGGGAGAAGGCAGGAGAAUGGGAUUGAGAAACUUAUCAGCCAUGAUUGAAUGGUGGAGCAGAGUCGAUGGGCCAAAUGGCCUAAUUUCUACUCCUAUGCCUUAUGAUCUAAGGAGGAGGGUGCAGUAAAGCUAUAGAAGACCCAAGAUUUCACUGGUCUUCAAAGCAGUUGGUACCAACCUGUCAUGUUAACUGUGUUUCUGUUUCCCCACAGGUGCUGCCAGAGCAGCUGAGUUUUUUUCUUUACCCCACACCCACCCAGCCGGCAUUUUCUUUUUUCAGCCCAAUUGACUGACCCCCGCCAGCCCCAGCAGCUCUUUGGAGGGGCAGUCAGGAUAAAGGGUUCCUGAUCUCCCCGGUCGUUUCCAAAAGGAGCAGUGGGUACCGACCUGCUAACGACGGCAGUGAGAAUGAACCGGAUCCGCAUCCACGUGCUGCCCUCGAACCGGGGCCGGCUGACCCCCAUCCCCCGGCUGCAGGAGCCCCUGGCCUGCUCUUUCUCCCACCGGCCCUGCUCGCAGACCCGCCUGGAGGGCCAGGAGUUCUGCCUCAAGCACAUCCUGGAGGACAAGAACGCCCCGUUCAAGCAGUGCAGCUACGUGUCCUCCAAGACCGGGAGGAGGUGCCCAGGAGCGGCUCCCAAACCGGACAAGAAGGACGGGGUGGCGUACUGCACUGACCAUGCCCGGAAGACUGCCCUGGCUGCCCGCCUGCCAUCCAGAAGGAGCAGCAGUGCCGGCCCCUCACCCGAGGUCCUUCUCGCCCAACUGAGCAGUUACGUCAAGGGGGAGUCGGGGUCCGGGACCCCCGAGAACAGCCGGAGUGAAGCUAGCAAGAUCCUAGAUGACGACAGCUGGAGCGAGGGUGAGCCUGAGACUGUCCUGCUGGACCAGACGUGGAGGGGCGAACCCGACAGCGAGGCAGACAGCAUCGACAGUGACCAGGAGGACCCCCUCAAACACGCAGGAGUCUACACAGCGGAGGAGGUGGCCCUGGUCAUGAGGGAGAAGUUGAUCCGACUGCAGUCUCUGUACAUUGACCAGUUCAAGCGUUUGCAGCACCUGCUGAAGGAGAAGAAGCGACACUACCUGCACGCCUGCCGGCUGGAGCAGGAGACGCUCGGUAGCAGCUUACUGCCCGGGCCAGAGGGCACCUCGUCCAGAGAGCGGGUCGACCAUCAGAAGCUGAAGGCCCUGAGGCGGUACCGGAGGCGUUACGGUGUGGAGGCACUGCUGCACCAUCAGCUAAAGGAGCGAAGGCUGCUGGUCACAGAGGGAGCUGCGCAGCAGGCACAUGCAGCUUCUCUCCGUGCAGCCCAGCGAUGCACGGCAGUCACCGAGGGGACUCGCUGCCCUGCUCCCUCCCUCCCGAUGAGCCGGCACUGCCAUUCCCAUAUCCUCCAGGACCCCAGCCAGGUGCUCUUCAAGACGUGUGCGGGGGUGAACGAGGUGCCCUGCACCAAGCCGGUGAUGGUGUGCCUCUCGGAGGACCCCUGCUGCCCGCUCCACCUCCAGGUGCCCCCGCUGAUGUACCGGCCCGAGGGGGGAUUCUCAGCCUCCGAGCCGCUGGACAGCGGGCCGGCCGACAUGUACCUGAGCGCCGCCGAGCUGCAGCCCACCGAAAUCCUGCCGCUGGAGUUCAGUGACGACUGCCUGGAUGUGGUAGGAGAUGACCCGCAGUGGCCCCCUUCACUGCUGUUUGACCCCACCCUGGCUCCCGGGGGGCAGUCAGCGAGCGAGCCAGAGCUGACGGACAGACCACCCAGGCCCCGCCACGAUGGCUCUGAGCUGACCCCUCGCCACCACUACCCCACACCCGGCACCCUGAGGCCUUCUGAGACGGGACGCUUAAACACGCGGGCCACAGGACUCCCCAGGCAGCUCCAGGGAGCAUCGCAGGCAGACCCCCAGCUGCGAGGGACCAGGGAUCAGAACGGCACGAGGGAAGCAGCCAGCUGAGUGAGCAGGGGGGAAGGGACCCCACCCCACCCCACCACCUCCCCUCCCCCCCCAGACACGCCGAGGGGAACUGAGGCGGCCGACCCUGACUGACUGUACGACGGGGAGAUCCCACUGAGCCGCUGUGCAGAAAGGCAGUGACCGUUCGCCGGACCCGCUCGGGCCUGCCGAUAGCUGGACUACACCCUCGAGUGGAGGACCCACAGCUCAGGACGCUGCCAGAAACCUGCCUUCAUCACCUGCCUGAUGUACGUGUCAUGUGGAACUCCAGCCAACUCCGGAACAGCAACACCAGCUGCCCCCCCCCCCCGGCCCCAGCUUCCAGCUUCUACCCCGCUGUAGAUAUGAAUCUGACUUCGUCCCAGUCCUUCCCCCCUGUCCAAUGAACAGGGUGCUGAGAUUCUCUCCAGGGUUGGAUCGCCGACUGUCCAGCUCUGUGCACCCUCAACCAGGUCCCAGCGCUUCUCCUUCACAGAGCAUGAGGCCUUUCGGCCCAUCGUACCUGUGCCAGCCGGCUCUUUGUGAAACAUCUGUCCAGUUAGUCACCACUGCUCUUCCCCCACCCAGCACCCCCCUCUUCUCCCCCCCCACCCCAUAUCCCUGCACAGUUUUCCCCU